AGUGUGAAGUGAAAGGUGAAAAGAAAAAAAGACCCUGCAAGAAUUAUCCAUCGAUGGAGUUUGAUUUUGAUCUCGAAAAUCCAUUUUCAACUUCCACUCUCAACUUCCCUUUACUCUUCCACAUAGAGACUCAUCACACGCCCUCCAAAUCUUACCUUCAAACAACAAAAUCCAAUCCCGCAACUCGCGCCCACAUUGUCUCUUUGAUCCUAUGUUUUUGUCGGAAUUUCGAUGCCUUUUCAUCGUAUCUUGCUAUUAAUUACAUGGAUCGCUUCCUCUCCGCCGUUUCCAUCCCCGAGGAGAGGCCGUGGAUUUUGAGAGUUACUGCUGUUUCCUGCGUUUCAUUGGCGUUGAAGAUGAGGAAAAUAGAGUUCUCCGCUUCUGAUUUUCAACAGGAUGAUGGUGGAAUGAUUCUUGAUUCAGUUACGAUAGAAAGAGCAGAGAUGUUGAUUCUUGGAGCUUUAAAAUGGCGAAUGCGGUCUGUGAAUCCAUUUUCUUUCAUCAAUUUUUUCAUACCUUUUUUCGGAAUUGAAGAUGAAACAUCGAUUCAUAGACUCAAAGAUAGAGCGACGGAGAAUAUUUUGAGAGCUCAAAAUGAUAUCAAAUUACUCGAGUUCAACCCAUCGAUAAUCUCUGCGGCCGCGCUUCUCUCCGUCGCUAACGAGUUGUUCCCGUCCCAACUUCCACGUUUUAGUGAUUCCAUCUCUUGUUGUGAAUACGUGAGUAAGGUCGAGUUAUUCAAUUGUUAUUAUCUGAUGCAAGAAAGGAGGGAUCCUUCGGCCUCCGAUGCGUCCUCGAACUCGUCGACACCAUAUAAUGUGCUUGAUUUACAAUGCUAUAGCCCUUCCAAUUCAGAAAAUAAAUCAAUGAGUGCAACAAGCAUAAAUGCCCAUGGCGAAAUUAGGGCUCCAAAACGUCCAAAAUUUGGAGAUUUUGGGAUGGCUGGAUUGCAUGGGACAUAGCUUUUCAUUAUUCACUUAAUAGCCUGCAAACUAUAUAUACGAGCAAUUUAUUAUCCAUUUUGUUUGUAUAUCUUUUUAUUACUAACGAAAGUUCGAGCUAGUUCGAAUGGUUCAGCAUUUGUCGAUUUCUCUAUGUUAGAUAUUUCUCGAUUUAUGUGUGUCAUCCUUGCAC